AUGGCGGGGCUGGCGCUGUCUCCCAUGCCCAGCGCCUGGCUGGCGGUUCUGCUGCUGCUCCUUUCAGCAGGUGAGCCGGUGCCAGCAGCCAACUCAGGAAACCUGCACCAGAAUUUCAGAGGAAGCGCUUGUUCCCGGUUGCGGCAGUCCCCACGUUUUGUGGCCAGGAAACGGGGUGCCAACGUGACAAUAACGUGCCGCAUGGAGAGCCAGGCCAAUGUGACCUGGCUCUGGACACAGAAGAUGGACAUAGAGCCCACACCGCUGCCCAAGGAAAAGGGCCACAUCCAGCAGAAACAGGACGACUACGUCUCCACCCUCAUCAUCCGGGGCAUCCAGGCCCAGGACAGCGGCAUCUACUUCUGCCAGCAAGAGUGCCUGUCGGAAGAGAAUUCGGAGAGGGGCUGCGGCACAGAGCUUCGAGUCAUGGGGUUCAGCACGGUGGAGCAGAUGAAGCGGCGGAACACGCUGAAAGAUGGCAUCAUCAUGAUCCAGACCCUGCUCAUCAUCCUCUUCAUCGUGGUGCCCAUCUUCCUGCUGCUGGACAAGGAUGACAGCAAAUCUGGGAUGGAAGAAGAUCACACCUAUGAGGGCCUGAACAUUGAUCAGACAGCCACCUAUGAGGACAUAGUGACUCUGCGGACAGGGGAGGUGAAGUGGUCAGUGGGCGAGCACCCUAGCCAGGAGUGAUGAGCAGCCUUCCCGAUGCCUUGGGUGCAGCCUGCUAGGCCCUCACCGACUGCUUCAGAGCCGCCUGGCUCCCAGCCUGUCCCUCCGCCCCAGACCCGAAUUGGUCUCCAAAAUUGACCCACUGGACCCGCCUGCACCCCCAGGCCCUGGUCCCAACUCUCACAAGGGACAGGAGCACAAGGCCACAGGACAGUGGUUUGGAGCAAGACUUCUUUGGGGACAGACUGGACCCAGACUUCUGGGGGUGCUGUGUGGGGACCCAGCCCACAUUCAGGACGGGGACGAUGGAGAAUGUGUGGAACCCGCAAUGGACUCAGAGCAGACCAGCCUCCUCCUGCAGAGCCUGGGAACAGCCCGGCCCAUCUCCCUUGGCCACAAAUGGACUGCCAAGAGCUUCGUCCCUCUCCUGUCCUCUCCCGCGCUCUCCCACCAGGGGAGCCUUGAGUCCAUUCUCCCGUGGAAUAAACAGUGUGU